UUAAGCGCACGAGUGUCGUGAGGCUGUAAAGGUGCAGCAUCUCGCUAUACAGCCUCACAGAAGCACACUGUAAGCUGCGUCAGUAACUCUCGAUUUAAGAUAUUAACAAAGCCGCUCUACAUCAAAAGUCAGGGCUUUGCUGUUUUGCGUGAACUGCGAGUUACUCGGAUCUUGGUAAUUUGCAUUACAGGUGAGCCCACCAUGGAGCUGCACAACAAAGACGCCUUUUCAGAGGAUAUCCUGCCUGUUGUCAUUGUUGGUAAUGGACCAUCUGGGAUUUGUCUCUCUUAUUUGUUGUCGGGAUACACACCUUACUUUUCCCCCGAUGGCUUCCAUCCCAACCCAAUUUUGCUUAACAAGCUGAGAGAGAACCGUAAUUUGUCUUUGUUUGACCAGGAUCUGGAGUACCUGUGUGAGGGUGUAGAGGGCCGUUCGUCAAACCCUGUGGCUGUGCUCUUUGAUGCACUCCUUCUUCCAGAUGGUGACUUUGGGGUGGAUUGUGCCUCCCCGCUGAUAUGGAGACAUGAGCCGGAAAGGGCCACACCCCACCUUGUACUGGGAAAGGGACCACCUGGAGGGGCCUGGCAUGCGAUGGAGGGCUCAAUGCUGACACUCAGCUUGGCUAACUGGAUGGAACUUCCUGGUUUGAAGCUGAAGGAUUGGAUGAGAGAUAAACGAAGAAAUUUACGCAAUGACCGGGCCACACCAGCAGAGAUUGCGUCGUACUAUCAGCACUAUGUGUCUAAAAUGGGUCUGGAGAAGAGCUUUGCUUGUGGCACCACCGUGACCUCGGUGUCUCGGGCUUCCCUUGAAUCUGGCCGAUCCGUUUGGAAGAUCCAAGGCCUCCAGAGAAGAGCAAGUAGUGGUGAAGGAAUCGAAGUCCCUUUCUCAGUCUAUGCAGAGAACGUGGUGCUUGCCACAGGAACCCACGACAUCCCAGCCCGUCUUGGCGUGGAUGGUGAAAACCUUCCCUUCGUUUGCCACAGCUUCUGGGAGCUGGAGGCCGCCAUUUCCUCAGGCCGUUUGGACCGUGCCUCAGAGCCGCUUCUUGUGGUUGGUGCUGGGUUGACCGCAGCAGAUGCCGUUCUCGCAGCUCACCACUUGAACACACCUGUAUAUCAUGCCUUUAGACGACCUGUGAGUGAUCCGGCGCUCAUCUUCAACCAGCUGCCCAAGCUCCUCUACCCUGAGUACCACAAAGUGCACCAAAUGAUGAGCCAGCAGCAGUACAAAGUGGGUGAGACGGUGGUUAAUCUGUCCAACCAGCCUCUUUCUUCACCUGCUGAUGGCACCAGCCCAUGUACCUGUUACCCUGGUUACCUCAGUUUCCCAAAGCAUCAUGUAGCUGCUUUCAGACCUGAUGGCAAGUGUGUGCUAGAGGAUGAGAGAGGGCUACAGACAGUGCUGCAAGUCUCAAUGGCACUCGUUUUGAUUGGUGCCCAUCCCAACCUGUCAUUCCUCCCAGAACAUGGUCGCCCACUGGGGUUGGACUCAGAAGAGCCAAUCAGUUGUCGGCGGAACCCACUAGAUGUGGAUCCAUACACGUAUGAGUGCGUGAAGGAGCCAGGGAUGUAUGCCAUGGGUCCACUGGUGGGUGAGAACUUUGUGCGUUUCCUGAAAGGCGGAGCUUUGGCAAUAGUGUGUGACAUCAUCCAAAAACAGAGAAAAAAACGUCAAGAGAAAUGCACAAGGUCAUUGAAUUUUCAGCUGACCAACUGCACACUGGAAGCAUGAAAAGACAUUGACUUUAAAGGGGUGAAAAUGCAAUUUUGAGAUCUAGCUAUCUGGUACUUCCAGUAUCCAUCAGAAAUGCCACAUACAUGGGGUAAUAUUCUCAGUGGUUCUGCUCCGACCGACACAGAGGAACCAGUUGUUGAACAGUUCCGGCCUCCCACUGCAAGUGCUUACAUGUAGACGUGCAAAUGCACUGACACAGAUCUCUGCUGUUAAUGGUUAACUAACCCGCAUCUAAACAUUCAUCGGAGUUUAUGGACAAAGGGUGCUUUAACCCUUCUAACACUUCAGGGAUUCAUUUGUCCAUGGCUGCCCACUUGAAACACUACUCCUGUUCUCACAGCAAUCAUUUCUGUUGUGCCAAAAUAUUAACAUGUGUAAUCUCCUUGUUUUCAAAUCUAAAAUGUCCUUAAUGAAAGGAAAACACAAAACUAAUCUUUGCCGAGCAAAUGAUGCUGUUGUAUCAAUGUUUUAUACCAUCACUCGUACUGUUGUCUUCAAUGAAUGUCUAAAUCAUAGUGGACCUAACCCCCCCAUUUCAACUUUUUGUCUUCCGUACAUUGCCUUCCCAAGUAAAGCAUGCAGUUGUAGUGGUUAUACCAGCAAACCAGACUUGAGUGUCUAGAAUCAGUGCUCUUAAAGCUCUUUAAAGACAUCCUUGUUUCAUGCUGCUGUUACUAACCAGAGUCAAACCUCAGACUCAGAGAGGUCAGGCUGCACUUACAAAUCUGACCACAAGAGGGCCUCUGCACACCCGUGAUUGAAGCUAGCAUUAUUGCAUGAGACCUAAUGAUCACGGCAUUAUUUGAAUGAAUAAAUGAUUAAUCCUACAUAAGCUUAUUUGCUACUGUGUUAACCGUCAUGGGCCAAUUUUAUGGCCUCGAGGACCUUUUGAUGCAAUGAGUAAACUUUGUAAAAUUUAAAUGCAAAUUAUCCUUUAUGAAAAUGAUUUUAGAUUCAACGGUGUGAUAUGAAAGUUUUAUUAUUAUUUUUUUUAAUCUAAAAAUUUAUUCUGCUGUAUUAUUUGCAUGCAUGUUAUAAUCCCUGGCACCUCCGAUUAAAAUAUUUUUUUCAAAUAAA